AUGUCUGAUUCUGAAAAGGGCGCAGCUAUCAAUCAUCGAGAGGAGGCAGACAUGACUCCUAAGCAAGGCGUUGAAGUUGACACCGUCCAUCAGGAUGAGGCCAUGAAAGUCCUCGAGGCCUACGGGGGUGAUGAGGCCUGGACUGAGGCGGAGGAGAAGAAGUUGCGCCGCAAGAUUGAUUGGAAGCUUAUGCCUGUUCUCUGCGCAACAUAUGGACUUCAGUACUACGACAAGGCCAUGCUUUCCCAAGCAGCUUUGUUCGGACUCAGAGAAGAUCUCGGUCUUCUCACCGGAGAUCGAUAUGCCAUGUCGGCUGCCAUUUUCUAUCUCGGUUUCAUCAUUGGAGCUUAUCCAGCAAUGAUGCUCGCUCAGCGAUAUCCUAUCGAACGAGUCGCUUCCGGCAUUGUCACAAUUUGGGGUAUCUGCCUCAUCCUGACUGUGGUAUGCAAGGAUUACAAGACACUCUAUACACAACGGUUCUUUCUUGGCUUGUUGGAGAGUGGUAUCAGUCCUAUGUUUAUGAUGAUUGUCGGAAGUUUCUAUAAGAAGAACGAGCAGGCAAUGCGCAUGGGUAUCUGGUACUCUUGCACUGGUUACGUCUCGAUCAUCUCCCCUAUCAUCAACUACGGAUUCGGCCAAAUCAACGGAGGAGUAUCCUCUUGGCGAUACAUGUACUACUUCUCCGGCGCCCUGACCAUCGUCUGGGGUAUCAUUCUCGUCUUCGUCCUCCCUCCCGAUCCUGUCCGCGCCAAGGGCUUCAACGAGAGAGAAAGAUAUAUCCUGGUUGCGAGACUUAAGACCAACAACUCUGGUGUCCGCAACACUCAUCUCAAAGUCGCUCAGAUCUGGGAACUCCUGCUUGACCCCAAGUUCUGGAUUGUGUUUUCCAUCGCUUUCUUGUCUAUGAUUGCCAAUGCCCCUAUCUCGACUUUCGUCCCUAUCAUCAUCCAUGGUUUCGGCUUCAGCACCCUCAACUCGCUGUUGCUUAUGAUGCCUUGUGGCGCAUAUGCUGGAACUCUUCAGCUUCUGUUCCCUUACCUGGCCUACAAAUACAGGAACAACAGGUCCUAUCUGGUCUUUAUUGCUCAGAUGGGCACUGUCCUCGCUGCUUUGUUGCUUUGGCUUCUUCCACUCUCGGCUACUGGGGCUCUCCUCUUUGCCGUUUACAUCCUCCCAUCCGUGGGCGGUGGCUACGCUGUUCUCAUGGGUCUGCAAAUUGCCAAUACUGCGGGAUACACCAAGCGGUCCGUCGCCUCGUCUGGUCUCUAUAUCGGCUACUGUCUCGGUAACUUCGUUGGUCCUCUCUGCUUCAAGAAAGGAGACGCACCUCGCUUUGAGCCCGGUUUUAUUGUUGUCGUCGUUACUUCCAUUAUAGCCGGCCUCCUUGCUCUUGUUUACCGCGUUCUAUGCAUGUGGUCGAACAGCAAGCGCGACAAGUCUGGUACCACCGAAGGUUUUGAUCAUGCCUAUGAGGAUGACCUCACUGAUAAGAAGAACUCGUCGGCAAUUGGCUCCACUUCAGUGCACGACAGCCGAAACGAAAGCGCGCUGAAGCUGUUUGUUUCUUUUGUCAUUCAAAGAAGAUCAAGUGCGAUUUGCAGGUCAGUCUCCCCGCUCGCUUCGGGCGUUGAUGUGCCGGGCUUUGAGCUGACUGUUCGCAAGAGCCGGACGUCGCAAGGGCAGGCGAAAUGCUCUAACUGUGAUAACCAAGAUCAAGAUUGUCAUCUUCGGCCGUCACGAAGGGGCAAGCAGCGCCGGAGAACGUCUACGCAAGCUGAGUGUGGCACUGAAUGCGAUACUAUUGUCGCCGCAGGUGAAGAUGUGGGCGAGAACAAUCCAGAGCCACCUGAUGCAACAGAAAUCGACUUUGAUGAGAAUGUAAUUGACCCAGGCAUGUGUGACACGCCAGCGCCUGUGCAUGCGACACCAAUUCACGUCGCGUUCAACAUACCAACAGCUGAGCGCGCUCCUGAUGCUGCAGUCAAUCAUCCGACCAAGUCAAGCACGUCGCCAACAGAAGGCGCUGGCCGCAGUCAUGCAGGAGACGUUGACACAGGCUUCCUUCAGAUCUACGGGCCUGAGAACCAGCUCGAAGCUGAACAGCAGGAACUUGUGGCGAACCUUGAGCUUCGCAAUCCGGCAUCGGACCCCAGGCAACAGGAGCUGCAACAAAGCUUCUCAGAAACAUACUUUGAGUACUGUUAUCCAUGGUGCCCUGUCCUUGACCACGACACGCUCGACUCUGAGCUGGCUCGAUCGCCCAUGCUUGCGAAUGCCCUUGCACUCGCUGCGAGUCACAUACAGCCGCCUCUGAUACCCCACCAAGGCCCAGCCGCCUACUACGAUAAAGCGAGGAUGAUGUUUUAUAUGGAUGAGGAGCCAGAUAUACUCACGUCUCUGAAGGCUGUCUCUCUGUUCUACUGGUGGGCUCCUCGUUCACCGUCGACGGCACAUCGGCAUGCCAGCUGGUGGUGGACCUCCGUCAUAAUAAGACAUGCACAGCAGAUGAACAUCCACCGUGAGCCGAAACAAGGUAGCGUGGCUUCGAGUGCACUUCACCUGAGUUUGCGUCGGCGAUUAUGGUGGACUGUGUUUGCACGAGAGCGAUUGACGUCGCUAUGCCAAAGCAAACCCUGCAUCAUUUGCCCCGAAGAUAUGACGAUACAAGAAGUCCAACCCUCAGAUUUCCCAAGCGAUCCAACAUCACAGAAGAAAGGCCGGAUAUUCAAGUACUGGGUUCGCCUUUCUGGUAUAAUGGGCAAAGUUUCCAAAGCACUAUCGAAGUCCGUAGACCUCCCCCCAGAAACGGCGACAUUCCCGACGGAGCUUAGACAAGAGCUCGUCGCGUGGGUUCAAUCGCUACCCGCAGAUCUACAACUACCAAUCGGCUCUAGUAGAACUGAAGGCUUCGACAGAGAUGUUCAUCAAUUACAUCUCCCAUACUUGACCACGAUCAUUGUGAUGCAUUUACAGAGGACAACACCAGACCUGCCGCAAGCUCUGCCACCCGCGAUAUUAGCUGCUUCAUGCAUCGCAAGAAUAUUGAGAGACAUCUUGUCGCGCGGAAAUGCAAGGUUUCUCAUGGCGAUCACCUGCUGGUACUGCGGUACGGCCUUCAUCGCGUUAUUACAAGCAAGUCGGAUCAAGCAAUUCUCUCAAGAAGCGGAAGAGGGACUGGACAUUCUGGACCAAGCAGUCGGCCAACUUCAGCAAAUGUGGGCUUCUGCCAAUGUCAUCAGACAAGGCUUUGAACGACUGCGCGCGCUGCCUAGGUCCAUGAUGCAUGCUGGUAAAGGCAGAUCAACGGCGCCCAACGGGUCUAGCGACGCGCCAUCGAACGACUUUGACUGGAAGCUUCUGUUUCCGUUUGUGACUAGAUCUACAAGUCGGAUCGCGGACUGUUUGCUUGCUGAUGAUGAGUUUGGAACGACAGCUACAGCACUGCCAUCACCUGAGAAUGCCGUGUUUCACGAGGACCUGCUUAAUCGCUACCAUGACUUACUGGAGCCAUUUGUUGAUUACAAUUUUGACUUUUCAAACAUUAAUCUUGAUAUCCUAUAG